GUUACAAUAAUUUUGUUUAUAAAUUAAACCAAAAGCAAUAGAAAGUAAAAUAAGACGGAAGAAACCAGUGACAGUCUAAGUAAAGAUGAGGACUAUAACUUCAGCCAGUGGCCAAGAGGAAACUGUGACCGUCAGACGGAGUGAGUCAGCGGAUGCUCGUGGGAUUGAUAGCCUCAUCAGCCCCACAGCUCUAGCAGUUUUUGGAAGGAUAAAUGUAAUUCACCUUCUAGAGAAAGCCAAUCUGGCCGUGACUCUGGCCAAUCAAAAGGAUGAAGUUCUUGCCCAGGCUUCCUUCUUUGAUCACCCUGUUGGAGACUUGGUGGAUCAGGCUCUCUGGGAACCUUUUCUGCAGAAACACUUCAGCACUGAAAAAUGCACACCUUUGAACACACUCUUCCUCCACCUUUUUGUGGCACAGCCCGAUUUCGCCACAGCAAGUGUCAAGGAAAUAAUGAGGGCUGUCUUUAAUGCCAUCCCCGAGCUUGAGUACAUCUGUCUGGUCAGCCCGAAUGUUGGUAGUUUAGAGCCAGUCCUUGAUGAGAUGUUUGAGCCAAUGCAACGCCUGACUGACCCUGGACCUCAGUGCUUAGCAUUCAUCUGUCACAGAGAAGAGCAUUGUCCAAGGCUUCAUGUCCGCACAGCCAGGGUUGAAGAUCACGAUGACAUCAUGCGCCUGUUUGCGGAUCAGACUAAAUUUCUGUCAUUCAUCGAAGAGCCAUACUUCCUGGCCGAGCUCAUUGAGACACAGAAUGAGGAAAAUCAUACUGCCGUUUGUGAGAGUGACGGAGUCGUCAUUGGCUUCAUCAGUGUCACCUCUAGUGUUGAUUUGAAACUGCUGCACAGCAGUUUUGAGUUGAGUGAGCUGGAUGGUAUGUACAAACUGCAGGAAAUAAAUCAUGAGGAACCUGCUGCUCCUUCCGACGUACAAGAAAAUGAAGAAGAAGAGGCGAGAAAAACCCAGACCAACGACUCACAGCAGUCGACUGGAGCAGAACAUUUUUCAGGAAAACCCAAAGCUGUCUGUAUUCAGUUCUUUGUUAUUGACAAGAAUCACGAGAUGAGAUCAGCAGACUUUAUUCCAUAUAUAUUCAGACGUUUCCCUGACCUGGAACUUUGCAUCAUCACUGUACCGACGCUGUCCCCUGAGUUCCCGUUGCUGCAGAGCGUCCUCAGGGUGCCGCCCUGUGCCACCAGCUCGCUGCCCCAUGAAGUCUACAUCAUCCAUCCUGCCGGGCUCGGGAGUGUGGAGGUGAGGCCGGCUGUGGCUGCAGACCGGCUGGCUGUGUCUGACCUGGUGAAGGAGCUGAGACUGAGCAAGUCUCUGCUUGACGACCUAGACUGCUUCUAUGAGACCUGCAGAGACCUGGAUGGAGUGGCGCUGCAGGCCUUUGUGGCCCAGGUGGACAGUCAGAUUGUGGGGAUACUGAUCGUCAGAGAUGAGCAGGACAUUGAGUACAUUCGUGCCCAUUACAACAUCGAGAACUUCAUUUAUUUCAGCCAUCACCGCUACGAGGAGCACGCUCAGAUACGCCACUUUGUCCUCAGACCCUCCUUCCAGCACUUCACCAAACACUUGUUUAAGGAGGUCCUCCGGCUCGCUCACAAGUCCUGUCUGUUCCACAGAAUCUACCCCUCCUACCACAGCCAGGAGAAUUCCUGCGUCCACCAUCUGGAUUUUCUCCUCAACUGCGCGGUCCCUGUCCGUCCGCGGCGCCAGAUCAUCUACCCGCUGGAAGAGCUUGGCAUCAACGCCCCUUCUAGGCAGAUCACCGAGGACCAGGCACCGUUUGCUCUCAGCCUCAUCAGCAGAAAGUUAACCAUGGAGCCAAAGGUCACCAUUAACGCCAGGAUUGUGGUCGUGGGGGCGUCAGACACAGGUUUAUCUUUCCUCGAGGUGCUCUGCUUCUGCCCUCACCUGAGGUUCAACAACCUGACCCUGGUCUCAACACACGGUCUCCCUAGCGAAUACAACCACGAGGAUGUCGGAUUUCUGUCCACAAGUCAUGCUUACAGCAGCAGAGACUUAGCACAGCUCCCUCUGCAUUCCUGCAUCAACGUGGUGACUGGGAAGAUGGUGGGCAUCAACAGGAAGUCCAAACACAUUCUGGUGUCUGAUUAUGGAAAGGUGCCCUAUGAUCACCUCAUCCUCUGUACGGGCCUGCAGUACCAGAUGCCCUGUCCUUCUGGGAUGGAUCUGAGCCAGCCUGCCACAAACAGCCAGCUGCAGACUCAGUCCAGAUACACUGGGCCCGUCCCAUCUAACCUCUUCACCCUCAACGACCUCUAUGACUGCAUGGCUGCUCGCCGCUGGCUGUGUGCCAACUUUGUGGAGCUGGAGGAUAAUGCCGUCGUCUAUGGAAAUAACCUUGAUGCCUUCACCACCGUGGAGACUUUGCUCAGCCUUGGUGUCCAGGGAUACCGUAUCCAUCUAGUCCUCACUCCGCCGAAGCCCAGCGUCUCCUGCUUCAGCAACCCUGUCGUAGAGGAGGCUGUGGCGACGGCCUUGGAGAAGGCUAAGGUCAAGAUCCACCAUAACUGCCUACUGGCCCAGAUGAACAAUGGAGAACACCCUGAUCCUCUCACGUCUGUGUCAUUCACCACUGACGCAGAGCCUCUCCAUCUGCAGUGUGGAGUGUUCAUUAAUCUCUCCAAUAAAGGAGUCGACUUCAACACCUUCAGUAGCAUCAACAACUCCUUCCUGGUCUUUGACAGUAGACUUGUUAUAAAUUCCACUUUCCACACCAGCGAUUCAGCCAUUUGUGGUGCCGGACCUCUCACCAAAUUCUCCCGCUGCUACUAUGCAGAUGAGUGGUCGCACACAAAUUUCAACUCCAAAGAAGUUGGGCAGGACCUGGCGGCCGUGUUGCUGCCCCUCUUUGACCCAACACUGGAGCCUGCAGUCGAGCCUCCAGCUGAAAUAGAUCGCCUCAUUCCGCUGUAUAAACAGGCCAAGAUUCAAGGUGGAAAGCUGCCUGGAGGAUAUAACUACCUGCAUGUUACAAAACCAUCUGCCACCAACCUGACAGGCCCCCCUGUUAAACAUUUACAGGACAGCGGCAUCGUGACCGGACGGGUUGAGACGGGGAACUACUUUUGUUUGCAUCUUGACUGCUACGAGCUGGUGGAGACGCUCACCUGCUUCUCCCUGAAGCCCCUCCCCGUCUCCAAUUACCUGAGUCUGUACGGGAAACACCAGCAGCUGCUGGGCCAGCUGUCAAACCGCUACCACCAGGGCCUCGUCCUUGAUCUGUACAGUUUCUUCAGACAGAGCUGGUGUUUGGCCAUUUAUCACGACAGAUUCUCUGACUUUGAGCAGGAGCUUCAGCAGAUCAUCUCAGCGACAGACGAGGAGUCGAGGCAGCAGCUGAUGGAGGACGACUCAAAAGUCCUCCCUCAGGACAGAGUUAAAGAUGCCGAGAGUCGAGCGGCUCUGAGAAGCAGCGCUGUGAAAUAUCUAACCUACAACCGAAACCUGCUGCCCAUGUUCGCCUACCCAGGACAGCUGUGACAUCAUAAGUGACAUCAGCAAGUUAACAGCUCAGCUUUUUAACCCGUUUGAUGUGUUUAAAUGCUUUUUUGAAAAUCAUAUUCUCAUUGAUAAAGUGUGUUUGUAUGUCUACCUAUUUUUUAAAUGUAUUUCAUCCCUCAUAAAGCAGUGCAAAGCAGUGAUAUGGCUUACAGGUCUAGUUC